UCGGAAACUAAAGAACUUUACGUAUGAUUUUGAACGGAAAAUCAUCCUAGAAUUGUGUGCUGUGAAUUUGCUGUCGAUAAUUUGACUGUACAUCCUGUAUCUUCGUUCCUUAACCCUUAAUGACUUCGUUGCUUAUAAGGUUGCGAGUGCAAUCCGUUUGUGCACCGAGUCGGUCAAUAACAAGCUACGUUCGCACAAUGGCGUCUCAGAGCGGCAAAGCGCCACGCAUUGCCGUGGCACAGAUGAGGGCCACUAACGAUAAACAGCACAACCUGGCACAGGUUCAAGCAAUUACCGAACAAUCAAAGGCUAAAGAUGUUCAGUUUAUCUUUUUUCCAGAAUGCUGUGACUAUGUUGGUACACAUCGCGAAGAAACAUUGAAAUUAUCGGAACCAUUAACCGGUCCUACGGUGGAAGCGUACAAGAAGUUGGCCCGGGAUAAUGAUGUUUGGAUGUCGUUUGGUGGCGUACACGAAAGCAUAAUCGAGGAGUCGACGGAAACGGACGGCCAAGUAAAGAACAUUUACAACACACAUAUACUCAUCAAUAACGCCGGUAAGCUCGUGGCCAGCUAUAGGAAACUGCACAUGUUUAACGUCGUUACGCCCGAGUUUAAAUUUCGGGAAUCGGAAACGGUUAGGUCGGGACCAGCUUUGGUGGCGCCAGUUGAAACCCCUAUCGGAAGGAUUGGACUACAAAUAUGUUACGAUAUGCGUUUUGCCGAAGCGAGUACUAUCCUCCGCAAGUUGGGAGCAGAUAUUUUAACCUACCCGUCAGCCUUUGCCGUUUCUACCGGUCGUGCCCACUGGGAAGUUCUGUUGCGAGCACGUGCAAUCGAAAAUCAAUGUUUCGUAGUGGCCGCCGCACAGAUUGGAUUCCACAAUAAGAAACGGGAGAGCUACGGACACGCGAUGGUCGUCAACCCGUGGGGAGAAAUUCUAGGCGAAGCGGGCAACCAGGAUCUGGAUGUCGUCGUCGCAGAGCUCAACUAUGCGAAGCUAGAAAGUGUUCGAGCGAAUAUGCCAUGCUUUGAUCACCGACGGGACGACGUGUACAGUUUAUCUGCCCGGCAAGAUAUGGCGUUUGUGAGCGGUUCGGUAACCAAUGAAAAAUAUUUGUUCGGAGAAUUCGAGAUUCCCCCGGAUACAAUUUUCUACGUUUCCGAGCAUUGCUUCGCCUUUACCAACAUCCGUUGUGUUGUACCUGGACAUGUUCUUGUAUCAAUCAAACGUCCUGCACACCGAUUACCCGAUUUAACACCUGCCGAAAGGAACGAUUUCUUUCAGACAGUUUGCAAAGUGCAGAAAGUCGCCGAGCGGCUGUACAACGCCAGCUCUUCGACCGUCACCGUACAGGAUGGACCGGAGGCCGGGCAGACCGUGUGCCAUGUUCACUGCCAUGUAAUGCCCCGGCAUUUGGGCGAUUUUCCGGAGAACGAUCAGAUCUAUAUCGAGCUCAAUCGGCACGACAAGGAACCGGAACGUCCGCGGCGAUCGAUAGAGGAGAUGGCUGCUGAAGCGAAACGUUUUCGUGACGAAUUUUCUCGCUAGGGAUUUCGAAGGGAUGUUCGUUUAUGUAGUUGUUUCCCCAAUAUCUAUUUGUUGAUAUAAUAAACCAUAUUUUACAGUAA